AGCUGUGUCCUAAAAAUCAUUAAUCAAGGGUUGAGUAAAGCCCUCUCCAUGCCUGCUUGUGAUAAAUCCAUGAAAACCACUGAAGAAGUGGCUCUUCAGCUCCUCUUGCUCUGCCAGUUUUGUGUUGGGAUUGUUGCCAAUGUAUUUCUCUUUGUCUAUAAUUUUCCUCCAAUCUUGAUGGGUUUUCAACAGAGACCUAGACAGGUGAUUUUAAGCCACAUAGCUGUGACAAAUGCCUUGAUUCUCUUCAUCACUACAUUUCCAAACAGCAUGAUGGCUUUUGCUCCAAGAAGUCAUCAAACUGACCUCAAGUGUAAAUUAGAAUACUUCACUCACCUGGUGUCAAGAAGCACAAACUUGUGUUCUACCUGUGUCCUGAGUAUUCAUCAGCUUGUCACUCUUGUCCCUGUUAAUAGAGGUAAAGUUAUACUCAGAGCAAGUGUUCCAAAUUUGACUAGUUAUUCUUGUUACCGUUGUUGGUUCUUCAGUGUCUUAAGUAACAUCCACAUUCCAAUUAAGGUCACUGGUCCACAGAAAACAGAAAAUAACACUGACUGUAAAAGCAAAUUGUUCUGUUCCACUUCUGGAUUCAGUGUAGGCAUUAUCUUCUUGCGGUUUUCCCAUGAUACCAUAUUCAUGAGCAUCAUGGUCUGGACCAGUGUCUCCAUGGUACUUCUCCUCCAUAGACAUAAGCACCGAAUGCAGCACAUCCUCACUACCAAUCAAGGCCACAGAGGCCAAGCUGAGACCAGAGCAACCCAUACUAUCCUGAUGUUGGUGGUCACAUUUGUUGGCUUUUAUCUUCUACAUAUUAUUUGUAUCAUUUUUUACACUUUUUAUAUAUAUUCUCAUCAAUUCCUGAGGCAUUGCAGUCAAGUUUUGAUUGCAGGUUUCCCCACUAUUUCUCCUUUAUUGUUGAUCUUCAGAGACCCUAAGGAUCCUUGUUCUGUGUUCUUCAACUGUUGAAAGCCAGAGUCACUAAAAAUGCUGAAAACAGAAGACAGCUUUGCUAAUACCAUUAAAUACUUUAUUUCAUAAAGAUGUUUUCAACAUCUUGUGUGAACAAAGGUAUGGUGCUCACUGCUGUAAUUUUAAAAGAGUAAGGUUAUAAUCAUUUGUUGAUGUGAAAGAUUUCUGGUUAGAAACAGACUGACACAGUGAGUUAUUCACCACCCUCCA